UGAUGACGAGCUCGAUGUCUGAGACAGAUGGAAGCAGGUUGUGAUAAAGAAGUAGUGAAGCAGUCUGGCUCCAGGCAGCUGCCAACAAGGUUAUUAGGCGAGCGCUCACUACAAUCCGAUCCAAGCAUGGCUCUGGUUAAUCAUUUGCCAAAAGUGUCUGUUGUUUUUCUAGUGAUACUUGCAUUGACCCAGCAAAUAGGAUCUCUGACUUCAUCGAUGGAUAGAACACGAAACCUGGAAUUUUCAUCACAGGACAUUAGGAUUGAAAAAGAUGGCGAUUAUUGGCUGGAAAAGGCGUCCAACGCACUGAAAGGUCAGCUGCAAAAAAGACAGCAAACAAACAGGGCCAAAAACAUCAUCUUGUUGAUCGGUGACGGCAUGUCGUUGACCACGGUGACGGCGGCUCGCAUCUACGGCGGUCAGGCGGCCGGCAAAAACGGCGAGAGCUCCAGUCUCAGCUUCGAGAAUUUCCCUGACAUCGGCCUCGCCAAGACGUACUGCGUGAACAGCCAGGUGGCCGACUCAGCAUGCACGGCAACCGCCUACCUCACGGGCGUCAAGAACAACCGUGCUACCAUUGGAGUCACAGCUAAUGUCACAAAAUACGACUGCCGUGCUGAACAGGAUACCAAAAACCACAUCACGUCCAUACUGGAUUGGGCUCAGAAAGCAAACAAGAGCACUGGAAUAGUCACUAACACCAGAAUAACCCAUGCAACACCGGCAGGUGCUUAUGCUCACUCCUGUUAUAGACACUGGGAAUCAGACAGAGACAUUUCUGACUCAAACAAGGCAAUCGAUCAAAAACGAGCAUGCAGAGACAUCGCUCAACAACUCAUCAGAGAUCUUCCUGGUAAAAACAUUAAUGUAAUACUCGGAGGAGGUAGAGAGAAACUCUUGCCCAGCAGUCAAGAAAUAAAAAGAGGGAGAUCAGAUAAUAUAGAUUUGAUCAAAGAAUGGACUAGAGAAAAAACAGAGAGGAAUCUUAGGAAUAAGUAUGUUGCGACUAGAAGCCAACUGGUUGAGGGCAAUGUCACUGAAACCGAUUACCUACUAGGACUAUUCACUGACAGCCACUUCCAAUAUGCACUUUUACCUGGCAAAGAAUCACAACCAAGUCUUGCUGAAAUGACUGAAGCGGCUAUAAGAGUGCUUUCCAAGAAUGAAGAAGGCUAUUUUCUCCUCGUUGAAGGUGGAUUGAUCGAUUUGGCUCAUCACGCCAACAAGGCUCACAUAGCUCUGCAUGAGACAAUUGAAUUUGAUAUGGCUAUAAGGAAAGCAUUGGAACUUUCGAAUGCGAAUGACACUCUCAUUGUUGUUACUGCUGAUCAUUCGCAUACUUUGACUCACAGCGGAUAUCCCGUAAGAGGUUCAUCAGUAUUUGGAUUGGCAGGCAUAUCAAAUGUUGAUAAAAUGCCACUUCCCAUCCUCAGUUACGCUGCUGGUCCUGGAUAUCAUCAUACUUUCACAAGGGAUGGGCUUCGAUAUCCAUUUUGGGAUGACCAGAUAGAUAAGAACUUCCGUUUCCCAGCUACAUUCCCUCAACAAGAAGCCAACCACGGUGGUGAAGAUGUUCCCGUCUACGCCAAAGGUCCUUGGUCACAUCUCCUCACCGGCAGUUACGAGCAGAAUCUCAUCCCAAUCGUUAUGGCAUAUGCUGCUGGUAUUGGACCCGGGAAAACACCCAAUGAAAUAAGCCCAUUGAAUAGAAAAUGAAACUGUUUCACGUGAA